AUGACAUUACACAUCACAAGCACAUCCUUAAGAUCCAAGUAUCUACAAACUUUGGUCGUGAACUCGGUCUUCAUCAAACCUAAAAACGGUCAAAAGUAUCAUGUUGUUGAACGAAAUCUAACCAACCAUCUUGUAAAAGUAGCAAUCCACUAUGUGUGCAAUGAUAUUGAACCUAUUACUCAUGAAAUCAUACCUCGAUAUAUGCUCAAGUCGGACAACCCAAUCAAAGUAGAUCCCAACAAACUCUUGAAAUCAAACAUUCAAUUCCUUGAUGAAAAUACUUUGAUCAAAAGUCAUCAUCACACUGUAACGGACGCUCAGAUCAAUGUAGACCGAAUGGCUCAUCAUGUAUUUAGCGAUUUAGAUGUUCUUGGUAAAGUGAUGACGCCAAACAUGUUAAAUAUAUCAUACUAUGAAUCCGUAAUCUUGAUGAAACCCAGCACCAUUUCUUGGGUCAAGCAAAUGCUGGAAAAACACAUCCAGUUCAUCGUUUGCCAUGUCGACACUUGGCUUGUUGUAUCUGAUAUUCCAAAUCUACCGCAUAGAGUGGUAUUGUUGGUGAAUCAUCAAUUACAUUCAAACAUUAGUUCUGUUCCAGAUUCAACGUAUUUUGUUUCUGCAUCAGAUUAUCUGUAUUUUCAUGGUUCACUCUAUGAUCAUCCAGGUUGUUUUAUGGUCAUUGACAUGAAUUCUGCAUUGAAAACAUCGAUCAAACAAAUAUUCUGCGGUACCAAUGAUGAUCAAACGGAUUUGGCAAACAAGGUCAUUGAACAGCGCUACAGCAAACGCAUUGCAAACUAUGAUGAACUUGAAUCAUUGGUGUCAGAAUGGGGUGAAAAGUUGAACGAGUCGGCUCGUGCAAGAAUCAAGUUUUAA